CACUCUUCGAACCUAUCUCCUGCACCGCCGCGAUUUUGCCACCUUUUCACGGCCUCGUAGGCGGAAGAAAAGUGAUGCAGAAGAGGGAACAGGGAAAGUCCGGUGGAUCUUCCGGUGGCGGUUCGGCGCCGCCUGCUAAGAGAGGCCGCCCAUUCGGCAGCGGUAGCAAUAGUGCCGCGGCAGCAGCAAUAGCCGCCGCCGCCGGUGAUUCGGCGGCGGCUCCGUCAACCCUGCUUGGUCCUUCGCUUCACGUCCAUAGCUCCUUUGCUGAUCAAAAUAAUAAAAGAAUUGUUUUGGCUCUUCAAAGUGGUCUUAAGAGUGAGCUAACCUGGGCACUCAAUACUCUUACAUUGCUCUCCUUUAAAGAGAAGGAUGACAGUCGCAAAGACGCCACUCCGCUGGCGAAGAUUCCGGGUUUGCUUGAUGCACUUCUUCAAGUUAUAGAUGAUUGGCGUGACAUAGCACUCCCAAAAGAACUAGUUAAGCCAUCAAGGGUCAGAUCUUUAGGUGCAAAUUCUGUUGUAACUGGAUUUGGGAAUGAGUAUCAGGCAUUGGGCUCAACUGGAACUCCCCACCGCCCUGGGUCAGCAUCCGCCACUACUGGUACAGAAUCAACACAGCAGAGUGGUGUGACAAAGUCACGUUUGUCAGAGUUGUGGUUUGAUGAAGAUAGUCUCUUUAAUUUAGAUGAUGAAGGGCGAGCAGAAAAACAGCAGUGUGCUGUAGCUGCUUCAAAUAUCAUCAGAAACUUCUCUUUCAUGCCAGAUAAUGAAGUUAUAAUGGCCCAAAAUCGUCAUUGUUUGGAAACAGCCUUCCAAUGUAUAGAAGAUCAUAUUGUAGAGGAUGAAGAACUUGUCACAAAUGCUCUAGAGACAAUUGUUAACUUGGCUCCACUUCUGGACCUUCGAAUAUUUAGCUCAUCCAAGCCAUCUUUUAUUAAAAUAACAGAAAAACGUGCAGUUCAGGCCAUCAUGGGCAUGCUGGAAUCCACAGUCAAAGCCUGGCAUUGUGCUGCUGCAGAAUUACUUGGGCGUUUGAUCAUUAAUCCUGACAAUGAGCCAUUCUUACUUCCAUUCUUUCCACAGAUACACAAGCGUUUAAUUGAUCUCAUCAGUUUACCAGCAUUAGAUGCACAAGCAGCUGCUAUUGGUGCACUGUAUAACCUUGCUGAAGUUAAUAUGGACUGUAGGUUGAAGAUUGCCAGUGAGAGAUGGGCAAUAGAUCGAUUGCUUAAAGUGAUAAAGACACCGCAUCCCGUUCCUGAAGUUUGCCGGAAAGCUGCAAUGAUAUUGGAGAGUCUUGUCUCCGAGCCACAAAAUAGAACCUUGUUGCUGGCGUAUGAGAAUGCUUUUGCCGAGAUCCUUUUCAUGGAAAGCAAAUAUUCAGAUACUUUUGCAAGGAUAUUAUAUGAACUAACGUCUAGGCCAAAUAACAGAGUGGCAAUGGCUCGGGGAAUCUGGGGCAUGUAACUAGAUUGUUCAUCGGUGACAUCACUCAGCUUCUGCAACUUGGGUAUACCUUGAGUGUACUUGGAAGUUGUAUGAAUCAGAUAUUUAUUGUACAUUUCUGUUCAAGAUUAUUAGGUUUUAGUAGAACAUUCUAUGUUAGAUGGGUGGAUAGGAGCUUUUGUGGACAGAAUUUUUAGACUUCUAUCCAUUGGUGGUGAGAGACAAAACAGAAAUUGGAUUUGAUUUCAGCAUCCAAGAUGUUUUCUUGCUGCUUCUAAUUAAAAGAUUUGUAUUUAGCUUGCA